CUAUAGGUACAUAAUUAUUAGUUAUUAAUAAUAACUUCAUAAUAAACAAUAUGUUCAUCUCAACGCUAAUGCUAAUUGCUUGGUGCGCAUUAUUGGAUUUGCAGAUACCACUGUAAUCGCUCCACAGAUGGACUCAAAGCAGGAUAAACACUUAGUAGUUACUACUUACUAGCAAAUACAAGCUGUUACUAGUUUGUGUUAUUUUGUUUUAUAAUUUUUCUUCCUCUGACAAUCUUUUUCAUUAACUUUUCAGAAUGCUGUUUAAUCUAAAUGCUAUUUUUCCAUACUCAAAAUGUACAAUAACUUCUAAAAACUCAAUCGAGGGCGAACAAGUUUUAAAAUCUAACCAAGUAAUAUUAUAUGGUAAACUUCAAAUAGAAAACGAUAAGUGUAACAUUACAAUUCAAUCAUUAGUUAUUCAGUCAUCAAAAGCAUCAAAAUGCCACAUGAAAUAAUUGGUUAACUUCAUAAAAAAACAGGGUUGUUUCAUAUACAGUAUUUUGCACGCCGUGUAAAGCUGGUGAAUUCGAGUGCUGCAAACACAUAGUUGCUGUACCUAAACAGGAAUCCUAUUGAAGAUAUCCAGUCUUUGUUAUUAACAGACAUUAAAAUGUCAAUGGUAAAAAUUGAAGGAGCCCUGUUUGAACCAGUUUAAAUCAGUCACAAUAAACUUAAUCGUCCGAAAAGUAUAUGACGUUUAACAAUUGUCUGUAUCAUUCGAUACAUUCAAUCUACUUUAAUAAGCAUACACCAUUUUGUGUACAUUGAAAGUUAUUACCAUGGCAAUCAGUGAUUUUACAGUAGCUGUGGUUUGUUCAAGCAAUAUGAAUCGCAGCAUGGAAGCACAUGCUUUUUUAAGGAAAAAAGGUUUUAAUGUUCGAUCGUUUGGAACAGGAGACAAAGUGAAGUUACCCGGAACAGCAUGGAACAAACCAAAUAUAUAUGAUUUUGGAUGUUCUUAUGAUGACAUUUAUAGAGAUCUGUACAAUAAAAAUCAAACAUUUUAUACUCGAAAUGGUUUACUAAAUAUGUUGGAUAGAAAUCGGCGGAUAAAACAACAUCCAGAAAGAUUUCAACAAUGCAAUGAACAAUUUACUGUGGUCAUUACAUGUGAAGAGAGAGUAUAUAAUCAAGUACUUGAGCAUUUCGAAACUAUUCAAAAUAUUGGCAAUAAGCCGGUUUAUGUCAUCAACAUAAACAUUCAAGACAACCAAGAAGAAGCAACAUUUGGAUCAUUUUUAAUUUAUGAAUUUGUUAAUUUGUUGUCCAGGAGUGAAGAUCUUGACAAUGCUAUUGAACAAUUAGUUAUUAAAUAUCAAGAAAAAUGUCAUAAGUCACUACUCAACUGUGUAUUUUUCUUCUAAAUAUUAAAAUAACUAAAUACAACUAAAUAUCAUUUAUAGUUCUACCACUCGACUGUGUACCUUUCUACUGAAUAUUUAAGUAAUUAAAUAAAAUUGAAUAUCAUUUAUAAUUCGAAGUGGUGGCAAUAUUUAAAAAAAUAUUUAUAUCAUAAAUUGUAAUGUAAACUAUACUUUCUUUUAUCAAUACAACAAUAACUCGGAGUCCAUUGAACCCCCUUAAUUAAUUUUUCUAAACUUAUUAAUGUUUAUUGAUUUUAGUUUUUGAGCGUUGAAUAUAUUGGUCUU